AUGAAAUUGUCAAAGACACUAAAACAAAAGGAUUUUGAGUCAUUAAUGAUGCCCUGGCAAUGCAAUGUUGCAUUCAAAAAACUAGUUUUAACUUCUUAUGAAAGAGAUCUUAUGCCUGAAGCCUAUCGUUUAGAUCCUGUUAAAGAUGAUUUCUUUGAUAAAGAGUUAAGAAGUGGUCCAACCUACAAUCCUUAUAAUAUUGGGAAGCAGAACAAAAUGGCUGAAGCAUUAUUGGAGAAAUAUUCUGAGAUACAUCAAAUUGAGAAUUGGUAG